AUGAGAGGUGUUCAAACUGACUCACUGAUCUGCAAGCUUUGUAAUACAGGUGAAGAAUUUGCAGACCAUCUGCUUACGAGCUACUCAUUUUCUUUAGAAGUCGUUAAAAGGAUUCUUAACUGGUGCAGAAUUCCUCAAGGGCAAUUUACAAAGGUGGCAGAGUUGCUAGAUUUUGGUACGCGAUGGGGAAAUUGCCCCAAAAAACGCAAAAGGCUAUUAGCCAUUCUAUAUGGGCUUAUUUGGCGAAUCUUGAAGGCUAGGAACAACAGAAUCUACAACAACAUAGUUCAAUCCCCGCGAUGUUAG